CAGAACAAUCAGCUGUGUUUGCUAUCCCAUACUCAAUUACACUGCUUCAGAUGGAAGAAAGCACAUUAUUGAGCCAACAGCGGAUUAUCAGUAAAUCUUGAGCUCUAUGCAAACUCUACAUGGAAACAAUCAAUUAUAUACCUUUGAGGAUAUUCCUUUAUAACACAGAGGAAAUAUGCAGCUAAAUUUUGGCAUUUGUUUGUUAUACUUACACUACUGCCUGUGUAUAGACUUUACAUAUUAUGUGAAAGAAGGAGAAGAAGAAGGGACUUACCUCGGGGAUAUUGCUGUAGAUAUGCAUUUAUAUGAUAGCAAUUUACUGACUGACCGAAGUAAGGUAACUUUCAGUCAAUUUCAACGCAGCGUCACUCAAAAUUCUCAAUUAUUCAAUGUCACAAAAUCAGGAAAAAUAUAUACUGCUCAGACACUUGAUAGUGAUACUCUUUGUUCAUAUAAUCAAGAAUGUUUCAAAACCAUAAAAAUUGCCAUUCAACAAGCAAAAGCAUUUAUAAAGAUUUUAAAAGUGCGUGUUGUUAUUCAAGACAUCAAUGAUCACCAACCAAAAUUUAAAAACGAAGAGAUCAACAUUCAGUUUUCAGAAGAUGCCAGCAUCGGUGUGCGACGAUCAAUCCCAAAUGCAAUUGACAGAGAUGUUGGGCUCCAGAAUUCUCAAAUAAGCUACCACCUUGGAAAUAAUAUAGAUAAUCCAUUUGCAUUAUCAACUUCCAAAAGUGUCGAUGGAAUAUCACAACUUUCAAUUUUCUUAAAAGAAAAACUAGACAGAGAAAAGCAAGAUAAAUAUGUUCUUGAGAUUGUAGCUAAAGAUGGUGGUUUGCCACCCAAAGAAAGUGUUUUAAUUGUCAAAGUAACAGUUACUGAUGUUAAUGACAAUACCCCAGUUUUUUUACGAAAGGUUUAUAACAUUACCACCAAGAAUAAAGCAAGCAGAAUGAUGCCAAUUAUUACAUUAACAGCAACUGAUUUAGACUCAGGUGAUAAUGGUAAGGUUUCUUAUCAUUUCAGUUCAAAGACUGCUUCAUCAACUAAAAGUCAUUUCAUGCUAAAUGAAAGAACUGGUGAGAUCUACCUGCAGCAAAUUUUCCCACUAAGAAGUAAACUCCUCAAUGAAUUAUACGUGCGAGCAACUGACAAAGGAAAACCACCAUUGAGCUCAGCUGUUCUGGUUCUUGUAAAUAUUAUCAACCAACAAAACAAUUAUCCAAGUAUUGAUGUCAAUUUUGUGUCACCCGUUAGUGAGAGCUCAGCAACUAUCUCAGAAGACACUGCUGUUGGUAGCUUUAUUGCAUAUGUCAUGGUCACUGAUAAUGACAUUGGACUUAACGGUGAGGUGACCUGUGAACUUCACCAUGAUAAAUUUCAGCUUUUAAUGUUGGAAUCAAAAGAAUACAAAGUAAAUUUAAAGGAUCCAGUUGAUAGGGAAGUUCAGGACCAUUAUGAUAUAACUAUUUCCUGUGAGGAUCAAGGUUCUCCUUCGUUAGAAACUAAAAGAAAAUUCUCUAUCCAAGUCAUGGAUGUCAACGACGUACAACCCAAAUUCACAAAAUCAACAUUCAAGUUUUUGACUUAUGAAAAUAAAAAAGCUAAUUUUCCCAUUGGUUUUAUCAAUGCCACUGACCCUGAUUUAGGACAAGGAGGUCAAUUGACCUAUUCCCUUUUGACCAAUAACAAAUAUAAUUUUCCUUUCCAGAUCACAAAUUAUGGAUUUAUUUCUACAAGAAAACCAUUGGACCAUGAAAUUAAAAACAUUUAUAAAUUCCAAGUUUUUGUCAAAGACAAUGGUAAACCUUCUUUUAAUAACACAGCAAAUGUUUUCAUCGAAGUAAUGGAUGAGAAUGACAAUGCCCCCUACUUUUCUUUUCCCAGUGUCAACCCUUUCAGUCUUGAUGUCCACUAUUAUCCCAACAAAAAAACUAAUAUCACAGUUCUGAAAGCCUUUGACAGAGACAGCCGGACAAAUGCUUUUCUCAAAUAUGAAAUACUCAGAGGCAAUGACAAACAUUUGUUUAGUGUGAAUCCUUACACUGGAGUUUUAUCUUUUUCUCGUCCAGUUUACCAAGAUGAUGUUGGAUCUUAUAAUUUAGAAUUUAUUGUCAAAGACAGUGGAACACCAGUCUUAUCUGCAAUGACAACAGUGUCCUUGACGCUGACUGUCAGCAAUAAGACUUCUAGGAUUAUGCCUGCCGUAAACAAAAAUUUGAAUGAAAUGGUUGAAGUAGAUUUUGCAAUAGUAAUAGUGUUAGUAGCCAUGAUUGUAUCUAUAGCUGUAGUGGUGUCUAUAGCAACAUGCAUAAUACGAUGUAACAGAGCGAGAAAUGCAGCCCAAGGUGGAGCAGUUGAAGUAAUGAAUCCCUCGUUGAACUCUCGCAGUGAAAGAAGACAAUUGAUCAACCAAACGGAUAGUUCUGUUGUCAUUCCCAAAAGUCCCAGCGAAAUGAGAAACAGGAAUAUUCAGUUGGUAGGAUUAAGGAGUCAACUCUAUUCUGAGGAUGUCUCUCAGAAUGAUUGGAAAACUUCGACCUUAGCCACAAAGCUACCAAGUACCAAGCAGAUAUAUGUACAGCAAGUUGCUGUGACAGCUGGAGGGAAAGGAGUUCAAGAGAGCACUUGUAUGGUUCCACACAAGCAGAGUGACAGAAUCGCAACUCACCUAGGCUCUCAUCAUAAAUGGAGCGAUGGACAAACCGGACUGUAUGAAGAGAUAGCAGGUAUGCUCUAAGAUGUUCAUGUCAGAA